UUAGUAUUGUUGUUAUAUUUCACUUGUAAAGUAAGGACUUUUUCACUCAUCUAAGGCGUUACUUCAGUAAUUGCAUGAAAUACCGACGUUUGUAUGAAUUAAAAGUGCAGUGUUAUGUCUAUGCAUUUUUAAAAUUCCUGUUGUGGUUGAUGUGGGAUUUGUAAAGUAAUGAUAAUUCAAUAAUCCAAUACGUUUUAUGGAGAGCAAGUAUUACAUUAAUCUAAUUAGGUUUUUAAAAGUUACCCAAAACACGUAAUAAUAUAAGAAAUGUUUUUAUGUAGGCGCAAUCCUGCAGACAUAAAGGAACGUGGCUAAAAAUGGAAUGUAAAAACAUAAUUCAAACAGUUAAACAUUUGACUUCUACUCAGCCAACAGAAAGAAGGCAGAGGCUAGAACAACUGGUGGAGGACCUGCACCUCGCAGGAGGAGGCAGUCGGGAUGACAUCAGAGAAGCUGUUAAACAUUCUAGAACACUUGAAAGAUGAGGAAUUCUCUAAAUUCAACUGGUUCCUGCAGCCUGAAAGCCCGGAUGACAGACCAAUUAAAAGGAGACGAGUGGAAGGAUUCACAGCCAUUAAAACAAGUCGACUGGAACACGCAUCACGAUGUGACACCGUGGAUGUGAUGGUGCAGACAUACGGACCUCAUGGAGCAGUGGAUUUGACCCGGAAGGUUCUAGAGAAGAUCAGCAGGAACGACCUGGUGCAGAGUUUGUCUGACAGCAGCUCAAAACCAGACGUGGAUGUCAGUGAUGCUGGGGAGACGUCAGAUACCAGACCACCUUCCUCCUCUCGGGUUCCUCUUCCUCAGACUGAAGAUGUGAUGGUUCCAGUACCAGAGCCACGGCCCAUCACAUAUUACCAGCAGAGGCUUCAAUCAAACCUCGAAGACGAGUUUCUGUGUGUGAAACCAGGCUGGUCAGAAGUCGACCAACGUCUGGAUGACAUCUACACAGAGCUGUACAUCACAGCUGGGCUGGAUUCACAUAUCAACACACAGCAUGAGGUCCAACAGGUUGAGACGACACAGCAGAAGCAAAGAUCAGCAGAGGAGCCAGUGAAGCCCAGUGACCUGUUCAAACAUCCCCCUGGUAAAUACAGACGCAUCAGAACAGUGUUGACCAAUGGAAUCGCUGGAAUCGGAAAAACGGUCCUUGUGAACAAGUUUGUGUUGGACUGGACCCAACAAAGGUCCAGUCAGGACGUGCAUCUGAUUUUCCCCUUCACCUUCCGUCGUCUGAAUCCACUGAAGGGACAGAAGUUUAGUUUGUCAGAGCUCAUUCAUGAAUGUAUCCCAGAAACUGUUUCCAUCAGUCUGGAGGCUCUGAAUUACAUCUUUACACAUCUACAGUCAUCAGGAAACAACAACUAUGACAAGAGCAGGUUUAAACUUCUGUUUGUGUUGGAUGGACUGGACGAGAGUCGCCUCCAACUGGACUGUAGCACCAGUAAGAAGGAGACGGGUCGAGGUAAAGUAACAGAGUCCACCUCAGUGGACGAGCUGCUGACAAACCUCAUCAGAGGAAAACUACUAAGCUCUGCUCGCAUCUGGAUCACCACACGACCUGCAGCAGCCAAUCAGAUUCAUGGAGACUUUGUUGACGUGGUGACGGAGGUCAGAGGGUUCACUGACCCACAGAAGGAGGAGUACUUCAGGAAGAGAUUCACAGAUGAGGAGCAGAGCAACAGAAUCAUCUCCCACAUCAAGACGGCCCGAAGCCUCCACAUCAUGUGCCAUAUCCCAGUCUUCUGCUGGAUCACUGCUACGGUUCUGGAGGAUCUGCUGGAAACCAGAGAGGGAGGAGAGCUGCCCAAGACCCUGACGGAGAUGUACGCAGAGUUCCGGUUUCAGAUGGAUCAGACUAAAGAAAAGUACGAACCAGAACAGAGCAGCAACUACAUCAAGUCAUUAGCUAAACUGGCUUUUAAGCAGCUGCUAAAGGGAAACUUAAUCUUCUAUGAGGAAGAUCUGAAAGACAGUGGCAUCGAUGUCAAUGGAGCCUCAGUGUGUUCAGGAGUGUUCACAGAGAUCUUUAAACAGGAGCGAAGGAGGAAAGCCAAGAACAAGAUGUUCAGCUUUGUUCAUCUGAGCGUUCAGGAGUUUCUGGCUGCUGUUCACAUGAUGCUCUGUUACACCAACGGGAAGAUGGAGGAGCUGGAGAACUUCCUAGGAACCUCCAAUGCUGCUCUGGAUGUUGUCCUGAGUGAAACCAUGUAUAAAUCCCUCCAGAGUCCAAGUGGCCACCUUGACCUGUUUGUUCGCUUCCUUCAUGGCCUCUGUCUGGAGUCCAACCAGAGAAUCUUAGGAGGUUUGCUGGGUCACACAGAGAACAGUCCAGAAACCAUCCAGAUAAUCAUUAAGAACCUGAAGGAGAUGAACAGUGAUAGAAUCUCUCCAGACAGAAGCAUCAACAUCUUUCACUGUUUGAUGGAGAUGAACGACCACUCAGUACAUCAGCAAAUCCAAGAGUUCCUGAAGUCAGAGAACAGAUCAGAGAAGGAACUCUCUGAGAUCCAGUGCUCAGCUCUGGCCUACAUGCUGCAGAUGUCAGAGGAGGUUCUGGAUGAGUUGGACCUGAACCAGUACAACACAUCAGAGGAGGGACAAUGGAGACUGAUCCCAGCUGUGAGGAACUGCAGAAGGUUUAAACUUUCUGGCUGUGAACUCAAAGUGACUCACUGUGAAGUUGUGGCCUCAGCUCUGAAGUCCAACCCGUCACAUCUGACACAUCUGGACCUGAGCUACAACGACCUGCAGGAUUCAGUGGAGGUUCUGUGUGCUGGGCUGGAGAAUCUUUACUGUCGACUGGAGACUCUGAGAUUGAGUGGCUGCAGUUUAUCACAGAUCGGCUGUAAAUCUCUGAUCUCAGCUCUGAAGUCCAACCCGUCAUAUCUGACAAAACUGGACAUGAGUAACAACGACCUGCAGGAUUCAGGAGUGAAUCAGCUGUGUGGUUUUCUGAAGAGUCGUUACUGUCAACUGGAGACUUUGAGACUGAGUGUGUGUGACCUGUCAGAGAGAAGCUGUGAAGCUCUGUCCUCAGUUCUCAGCCCUCAGUCCUCUAGUCUGAGAGAACUGGACCUGAGUAACAACAACCUGCAAGAUUCAGGAGUGAAGCUACUGUCUGCUGGACUGAAGAGUCCUCACUGUCGACUGGAGACUCUCAGGCUGUCAGGCUGUCUGCUCUCAGAGGAAGCUUGUGUCUCUUUGGCCUCAGCUCUGAGCUCCAACCCCUCCCAUCUGAGAGAGCUGGACCUGAGCUACAAUCAUCCAGGAGACUCAGGAGUGGAGCUGCUGUCUGCUGGAGUCAAGGAUCUACACUGGAGACUGGACACUCUCAGGGUGGAGCCUGGUGGAGUCCGAUGGUUGACACCAGGUCUGAGCAAGUAUUUCUGUCAACUCACCAUCGACACAAACACAAUGAACAGGAAACUACGACUGUCUGACAACAACAGAAAGGUGACACGUGUGGAGGAAGAUCAUUCAUAUCCUGAUCAUCCAGACAGAUUUGACCAGUGUUCUCAGCUGCUGUGUAGUAAUGGUCUGACUGGUCGCUGUUACUGGACAGUUGAGUGGAGAGAAGAGGUUGAAAUAUCAGCAAGUUACAAAGGAAUCAGUAGGAAAGGAGACAGUGGAGACUGUGUGUUUGGAUUCAAUGAUCAGUCCUGGAGUCUGAGCUGCUCAGACGGUGGUUACUUUGUCAGACACAACAACAUAGUAACAUUCAUCUCCUCCUCUGUGUCUGACAGAGUAUCAGUGUAUGUGGACUGUCCUGCUGGUUCUCUGUCCUUCUACAGUGUCUCCUCUGACAAACUGAUCCACCUUCACACCUUCAACACCACAUUCACUGAACCUCUUUAUCCCGGGUUUGGGUUCUUGUAUCCUGGUUCCUCAGUGUCUCUGUGUGAUGUGUUGUAGUGAGAGUUUGAUCCUGUCACAGAAACGUUGUUACUGUUGAACAUAGUUCAGUCUGUUUAUCUUGUUUUCAGAUUCAUGUAUUAAACCAGUUUCUUUCUGAACCAGCUCUAAAUUAUUCCUUGUGAACUUCUUCCUCUUCAGUAUUGGGUGAGAUCUCUAUCUUUAAUCAAGAGCGUAGUUUUUCUAGAGUGCACUUACUAGCGAUUUAAUGUUAAGAUUUUGUCAUGCUUGAUCUCAAAACCCUUCCUUCGCUUUAAAAUUGUCUCUGCUCGUGCUCAGAUUCACUCUGCUCGCGUUCAAAUCUGUAUUUGCACUCUCAGAUUUCCAGCGCUCACGCUCAAAUCCUCUCUGUUCUUGCUGCUCACUCUCAAUUCGUCUCACGCUUGCUCUCGCUUCUACGACCCGAAAUAAUCCUAUUAAAAGUCACAAGCUAAUAGCAGGCCAGGGCUGCUGACCAAUGACAUGAUGCUUACUUUUCCCAUGCGGAAGAGAAGCAAAGUGACUUUAGAACAAGUGUUUCAGAGUCCGUGUAUUAAAAAAAGUCAACUUUAUUGUCAAUUUCUACGAUAUGUUUUGUUUUAGAUCUACAGAUCUCUGACCCCUGGUAUUAUGAUCCUAUGAUGCUUUCUUUUGCAGAUGUAAUAGAGAAUUACACAUUUACGUAUCUCCCCAUUUCACAUGUGUUUAUUUAUAAUGACCAUGUUAAUAUACUUCUCCCCCAACAUUGUGUUGCAUUCACUAAUUCUUAUGUCUCAUUAUUUGUCUGUGGUCAAACACCGCUAUCUAGUGGUUCGUGUGAAAAUCAGCCUGUAACUGUCUAAUAGAGGAAACGGCCCAACUGUGGCAUGUGGGUAGUGAGUAGUUUUCUAGUUUUCCGUUUUUUCCUCAAAACGGGAAAAGGCUUUAAAUCUGUUUGUCUGGUUUUGAAAACACCGUUCUAAGCUCAUGUAUUCGUUUUUAACACACUGCUUUGAUUAAAGGGUCAUAUCAUGCAAAAUCCACCUUUUAGACAUUUCGGAGUUUUCCUAAGACUAUAUGGGUCACAUUUACACACACUGAACACGGUAGAAGUGCAUUUCCUCCUAUUUUUACAUUUUGAGACUUUAUCCAAGGUGGCACGGUGGUGCGGUGGGUAGUGCCAUUGCAUCACAGUGAGAAGGUUCGAUUCCCGGAGUAGGGCCUGGUUCCUUUCUGUGUGGAGUUUGCACGUUCUUACCGUGUUUGCGUGGGUUCUCUCUGGGUUCUCCGGCUUCCUCCCACAGUCCAAAGACGUGCAUUAGGUUUAUUCCAUUUCCGUAGGUCUAAGUGUGUGUUGCCCUGCAAUGGACUGGCGACCUGUCCGGGGUGUACCCCGCCUCUUGCCCAUAGCCAGCUGGGAUUGGCUCCAUCACCCCCGCGGCCCCACAUAUGUGAUUCAGCGGUUUGAAACAUGGAUGGAUGGAUAGACUUUGGAGACAGACCUCGUCCUACUCUGAAACCGUUAACCCCCUGUCGUCACAGAAGCAGGAAGUCCUCCCUGCAAAUCCUGAACCACCACCCCCUUGAUGAUACAUAACCAAAACUGGACAUUUCCCCCCUCUCAUUCACCGUGAACAGACGAGCAUGGCAGCGUCCAAGUCCUCCCAUAGAAAGUGUUUAUGUGUGUUUUAACCAACACCAAAGUCUAUUCACUUUACCAAGGGAUCAACAAGUGAGGACUUUGUGGGUCACUUUUAUUUUAAACGGACGGGUGCCAGAAACACUGCCUCAGCAUUUAUACGUAUGUGCAUUUCAAGCGAGGGUGUGUACAAUGCUGGAUUUAUUUUUUGUUUCACGGCUCCUGUUGGAAAAAAAGGAUCUAUUCCUACACUCCGUCAUCCACUCACUGACGUAAGUACAUGCUUGAUACUUAUAAUGUUUUAAAAUGUUAGUUUGUCUGUAUAAACCUAUGUGUGAGGCAAGUUAGUAGCUAGCUAUGCUAAUGGCUACAGCCAGUUGACAGAGCCUUUGUCUCCUUCAAAUGUGUUUAUGUGGGCUCCUGCAGCCACACACCUUUGUGGAGAAAAGCUAAUAGCUAUCGUCCUACAGGCAGGGAGAGGUGGGUCUAGCUUUUGGGCUUUUUUUGUAAUCGCAUACAACUGGGGGGAGCAGCCGAUCGCUAUCGGCCUUCGAGCGGCUACAGGCAGGGAGCGGUGGAUCUAGCUCGCUGUAGCAAGUACGUGCUUGAUCCUUGUGAUGUCUUAAUAUGUUAGUUGGUCUGUUUAAAAUGUAGUAACCCACAUGUGAGACAAGCUUAUAGCUAGCGUUGCUAACGGCUACAGCGAGUCAACCGAGCCUUUGUCCCUUUUUAAAUGUGCUACUCUGAGUUGGCGCAAUCACACACCUGUGUGGGGAACAGCUAAUAGCUAUGGGCAUUUGAUCGGUGACAGGCAGCGAGUGGUGGAUCGAGCUUUUGUCCCGUUGACAUGUGCUGCCGCUCCUAUUUGUGUGUUGCGUUAGCCGCUAGCAUGCCGUUAGGCCUUUGCACUUUAGAGCUACAGCUGGUCAAUCGCUACAAUAACAAAUUGCAGAUGAACGCGGUUAUCUUUGUCAUUACCCCGUCCUGUGUCACAGCCUAAAUCAACUUGUGAUUAUGAUUACGGGUUAUGUCAUUGUUCUAUCAAAUUCUAACACGAUUAGUUGGAAUGGUAACUGUGUUGUGUUGCGCCCCUAAAGCGGGGAGAAAUUGUUACUCACGAGUAACAAGCAUGUUUCCUCACUGGUGUCUUUACUCGAUUGAUUGUGCAUAAACUUACACAUACAACAUACAUGUAACAGUAAACGAAAUAAAUGAGUUAAACCAUAACAUUGUUUCUGUAACUAUUACCAAAUGGGGGCUAACCGCUAGCGCACUUAGGCCCCACACGCCACGUUGCUCAAUUAAAUGACUCCUCCGGAAGACCCGUGCAUAUUACUAUAUCUUAGUCCAUGUCACGUAUGUUUGGCACUUAUCAUUCUGCUUUUUUUUGUAAGGCCACACGCCUUCAACCUACCUAAAGUGGGGAGAAAUUGUUAGUCACGAGUAUCAAGCAAUGUUUCCUCACUGGUGUCUUUACUCGAUUGAGGAAAGCAGCGCGAUGUUCCCAGAUAUGUGGGAGGAGACCCGACCAAUCGAUUUCAGGUCAAUAGAUUAAAGCAAUUGCCUGGAUGAUCUACUUAUUAUUGGGUCUCACUCGUCACACAAGUGUAAUGGGAAAAAAAUUGUGCCUAUGUGCUUUCUUAUCCAAUACAGUCAUCAUGUGCUGUUAUGGUGCAAUACUCAACGUUCUUACACAAACAACUAAUCUCUUGCGCCCUGUCGUACAUCAAGUUUAAACAUCUGAUAUUCCAUUUGAAUAUGGUUAAUAGUUUAUGAUAUAUGUUUGUCUUUUGCAUCUGGCUUCAUCCUAUCUGACUCUCCACCAGACCCAAGGCUGGUGGGGAGUCCGAAUGCACCUUGUCUUCGAAGCUCGGUGUUCCUUCCUUUUGGAUAACAAGACACUGAUGCAGAAGUGAAAAUGUAAACAUUCUCACUCAUGGCGAGAUAAGGUGACACAAACAAUUCUAUUGGUGCAGAGAGACAGAAAGGAGUUAAAAGGCAGAAACAACUUGAGGAUCGUGGACUCGUUGCAUUAUACCUUCGUGGUGUAUGGACUGAUCUCCCCUGCUGGUUUUUGGUUUGUUGAUGUGCCUAAUCAACAUCCAUGUUUUUGAUUUGCUUUCCCCAUUAUUUUUUAUUUUCCUUUUAUUGUUAUAAUAAAUCUCACAAAAAGACAACUCUCUCAUCUGCCUCCUAAUGGGAAAUUUCCACCACAGCAAGCUUAGUUGCUAAUUAGUCACAUCUCUACAAUAACUGCUGCUUAUCUGGUCAGUUACCUAUAGCUUGUGUACCAUAGCCAUUAUAAUUGUAGGACCAUUACAAUUUACAGUAAAUGUAACAUUGUCUUUUCUAUACUGUAAGGGGUCACAUCCCAGUUACCCACAUGCAAGGAGGUGGUCAAACAGAGAAAUCACUGCAGACUGUUGGUACACAAACAUCUGCUGCCCAGCUCAGGAGUGAAGUGUCCUUGUCCUGUCUUUUCUGAGCACCCUGAUCUGCUAUUGUGGAAUUUUUGAACAUGGAGCUAAUCAACUGGUCAUUUAGCGCAUUGGACAAAAUGUUGGGACGCGUGGGAUUCCUGGUGCCCCGUGUGUCUGGAGUCUCUGUCCAUCAAGGAUGCGGAGGUUCUAUUCAACUACAACCAAAGACACUUCAAUACAACAACAACAGCAACUUAAUCAGCUUCAACAGAGAGAUGGAGAGAACAGCAAAGAAUCUACGAAAAGCAGAUGUCGAUUAGGCGGAAAACAACGAAAGAUGUUGAACCAGAUGAAGAGAACAGCAAAGAGUCAGAAACAGUAGACAUGAGAGAGACAAAUGAUGGGGAGGACACAACAUCUGGUUCAGGAGGUGCUGGAACGAAUCAGACCAACAUCCAAACAGGAGACUGCUUUAGCAUUUAAGGGUUUUCAACCUUUUUACAUCUAUCUAAGAUAAGCAUAAAACAUCUGAAAUCAAUAAAAUGUUGUAAAAUGGCUUGUGUUGCAGCAUCAUACUUUGUACUUAGAUUUGUCUCAUCAAGUAUACUUUUUUGCUUUAUUCUGUAAAACAUGACUUGUUCAAUAAACCUCAUUCUGUUCAUUGAGCUUUGUCUUCAUGUACUCUGGAAUGAACGACGAUUAAUGAUGUUUAGCUCUGCUGAUAGACACUGACUCAGUGUUAAUAACUUCAACAUUUAUUCCUUUUUUCAGUUGACACCAUCUCAUUACAUCAUAUCUCAAUCAUAUAUAACACCAUUAUGUCUUAUAUUGUAUUUUUAUGUAUUGUACUCUAUUCUCACCCUCCGCGGG